AUGGUUAAACAACGAGUCCUUCUCCUCGGCGCGACAGGAGCAACGGGGCGGUCAAUUCUGAAUGCUUUGCUGGCGGAUUCGCAGCAUUUUACGGUAUCUAUCCUCGUCCGGCCUUCCUCCAUCGACAAGCCCGAUGUCCAAGCCCUCCGCCAACGGGACAUCCCCAUCCGCGUGGCCGCUAUCGAGGAAACCACCGACGGGGCACCAGACGCUACACUCGUUGAAGCCCUGAAAGACAUCGACGUGCUCAUCAGCACGAUCGCCGCGCUGCACGUGAAAUCACAGGUCCCGCUCGCCCGGGCCGCGAAAGCCGCGGGCGUGCGCCGUUUCGUGCCGUCGGCCUUCGCUUCGGUUUACCCCGGCGGUGCCGGCCUUAUGACGCUCGGCGAUGAAAAAGAGGCGGUGUACGCGCAGAUCCGGGCGCUGCGCCUGCCAUACACGCUCAUCGACGUGGGCUUCUGGUACCAGGUGUCGACUCCGCCGGUGCCGUCGGGCCGGACCGACUAUGCCUCGGUGGUUCGGCCGAAUGAGAUCCACGCAGGCGGCGAUCAGUCGUUGAUCCUCAUCGAUCUGCGUGACGUCGGCCGAUUCGUGGCGAGAAUCAUACCAGACGAGCGCACGCUCAACCGCAGCGUGGUCGCAUACGGGGAGGUGUUGUCGGAGCACGAGAUAUUCGCGAUCGUGGAGGAGAUCGCGGAGGAAAAAGUGGAGCGCAAACAGGUCUCCGCUGCCGACAUCGCGGCGUCACUUAUCGAGCACAAGGCCGCAUAUGUCGCAGACCCGACGAACAUCAUGGCACGGUAUGCGCUCUUCAUAGACCAGUACAGCCACAGCAAGUACGUGCGCGGGGACAACACCCCCGAGAACGCGAAAUAUCUGGGGUUCCUGAACGCGCGCGAGCUGUACCCGGACGUCAAACCGAUUCAGUUCCGGGAGUUUGUGCAAGACUUGUUAGAUGGGAAGAUAGAGCGUCCGUAUGAUUGGUCAAUGUAG